ACGUAGCACAUAUAACUCAAACUUCAGAAGAAUAUAGUGAUUUCUUUCCAUUUAUUUCGACUUCGUAUGGUGUAUUCAGUUAACAGACGAAAAAUCGAUCCAAACGAUGCGAAACAACCCAAAAUUAUAAGUCUUGUCUGGACAAAAUAGUGCAAAAUAACAUAUACUUGUAUAUAUGCGUAUAUAUACGUGUAUACAGAUAUAUAACGAAACGGCUAAUUUCAUUAGUAAAAGUUAGGCAAAAUAAACUGAAAAUACAGAGCGGUUGAGAAAGAAAGAGAAGGAGAGAGAGAUAGAAAUAGAAAUAUAGUGAACGACUAAAAAAGUGAAUUACGUUAAUAGUUAAAAAACGCGCAACAGUCGCUGCAAUACGACAAAACAACAUCAAAAAACUAUAAAAUAACAGCAACAGCGCUUAGUCAUCCGUUGACCAAUUAUAAUUGAACUGAUACAAUGUCGCGUUUAACGGAGGAAAUGGUGAUUGCCCGUGCCAAGCAAUCGGACCUGGGUCUCAUUAAGAAACUCAAUUGCUGGGGCAGUGAUCUCAGCGAUGUCAAUAUAAUCAAGCGAAUGCACGGUGUUGAAGUUUUGGCGCUUAGCGUCAACAAAAUUACCACCUUGGCACCCUUUGAAGACUGCACAAAACUACAGGAGCUAUAUUUACGUAAAAAUAAUAUUCAAAAUAUCAAUGAAAUUGGUUAUCUACAAAACUUACCAUCGCUCAAAUAUCUGUGGCUAGAGGAGAAUCCAUGCUGCGAGCGAGCAGGACCCAACUAUCGAGCAAUUGUGUUACGCGCCUUGCCCAACCUUAAGAAAUUAGAUAAUGUGGAGGUUACUCAGGAGGAGCUCGAUGAAGCCAUUAACAACAGCGGCCUGCCAGCGGCUGAGGAGGAUAUCUAUGAGGAUGCAUAUGAGGCAAAACAGCAGCAGCAGCAGCAACAGAGUCGCACAUCUCCACAGCAAAUUCAACAGCAACAGCAACAGCAACAACAACAGCAACAGCAACAGAUGUAUCCGCAGCACUCACCGCGACAGCAACAAUCAUCGCCGCAGCAGCAGCCACAACUAACGCAGAGGGCCAGUUCGAGUCCCUCAAAGGAGCCGCCGCAAUUAGCAAGUCCACUCGCUAAUAACUUCGAUGGAACGAAUAAUGUAUCAAAUAAUGUCAGCGAUUUAUAUAGCCAUCAGUUGCAAAACUCAAUGCCCCCAACACCCACAAAGGAACCCCCACACCCGCCAUCGCCAAAAUAUAACACCAUUACUAAAGAGCAACGCACUUCCUUUCAUCAAUAUGAUCAUUCGCCGGGUUCUGAUCAGGAGAGUCCGCAUGUUGGCUACAGAGAGACGCGCCCAGCGCCCCUGCCGCCCAGCAUGUCUACGCACUCGAUGAAGGAAUACUAUCAGUCGGAUAGACCUAGCUAUCCAGCACACUAUCGCCACAGUCAAACAGAUUUGACGGAAUGGGAAGAGCAUCAACAGACACCGCAGGUGCAUCAUAGUACAUAUGGCAGCCAAAUGCAGCUGCAUUAUCCACAGCGGCGCAGCGCCGGCCCUGAAGCGGGCGGAGACCGUUAUGCUUAUAGGAAUGGAAACGCUCGGGAGAAUGGAGGCGAUUGGGAGGUCGAAGAACGUUCGAGACCUAGGCGCCCCGAGGGACGCUACAGUGAUUCGGUGAGCAACGUUUCUGCCACCGUAAUGAAUCAUUUUGGGGGUUGUCAUCGACGGCCCGUCAAUCGGAACUCUAAUUUGCUAUCCGCCACAUUAUGCCUGGUCAAAGAGUUGGAUUACGGCAGCUUGGAAGUGUUGGAACACGCCGUACGCUGUCGCAUUGACGAAUUGGCGGGAGAAUGAUGAAGACGUGUUUCUAAUCGCAUGUCGAUUAGCUAAUAUACUUAAGGGCCUUCAAGAUUCCCAAAAGUAAAAAGACCACACUUAAAAUUUAUUUUGAAGAUCUGACAAAAAGACAAAGUAAAACGACUCAAAAAUUUGUAUUUUAACAGUUUAACGAAUU